GCAGCGCCGCACUCCACACACCUGCAGCCGUUAAGCCACGCCCACAUACCUGCGAGAAUCAGGAAGUCGUUUUUGUAAGAGCCGACGGAAUCAAAAUACUCAGCAAAACUCGGUCCUGUCGGAGCCCUUAACAUCUUCGUCGUUCGUAUCCACUUCUUCUCCUCGGAUUAGUCCGCUCUGGUCACACACGCACAGGUAUCCAGCCGGAGUUUGACCUGGGAACAGCCAGGCUCUGACCAGACCAGCACUGACCUGCUCAAAUCCGGCCGCAAGUUCCGCUGGUCCAGAGAAGCCCAGUACUUGUAUCUGCGCCGCCUCUCUUCACGCAGAUUCUCAGCUAUUAUGAUGAACCCGGUCAUGGAGGAGACCGUGUGGGAGCAGUACACCGUGACCCUGCAGAGGGAUCCAAAGAUGGGCUUUGGCAUCGCUGUGUCAGGGGGGCGGGACAACCCGAACGAGGAAAGUGGUGAGACGUCCAUUGUGGUGUCCGACGUCCUGCAGGGAGGACCUGCCGACGGCCUGUUGUUUGAGAAUGACCGAGUGGUGCAGGUGAAUGCCAUCGCCAUGGAGGGGGCUCUCCACACCUUUGCUGUCCAGACCCUCAGGAAGUGUGGCAAAGUAGCAAAAAUUACAGUGAAGAGGCCCAGGAAGGUCCCAGUCAAUCUGCUGAACCGACCCCCCUCACCUGAUGACAGAGUCUUCAACAACGACUACAAUGAUGAUUACAACUACGAUCAGGACCGCCGCAGUGUGUACAGCGGCCGGAGUGGCGGUGGGCGGGACCACAGCCUGGAGAGGGAACGUGGCGGAGGAGGCUACAUGGAUUCUGGCUAUCACACACGUGAACGUGACUAUGACCGGCGGGAACGUGGCAGGAGCGCUGAGAGAGACCUGAGCCCGGACCGGCAAUACAGGAGAGACGGCAGCAGAGGUCGCACUUUGGACAAAGAGCGCAGCCCAGAGCGGCCCUACAGGGGAGACCACACACUAGGCCGAGACUACAGCCCGGACAGAAGGUAUCGCAGCGAACGUGCAUUAGACAGAGACCACAGUCCUGAUCGGCGUUAUCGCAGUGAAAGAGCCCUCGACAGGGAGUACAGUCCAGACAGACGCUACCGCAGUGAGCGAACUCUGGACCGCACCGACAGCCCAGACCUGCGUGCCAGGCGUGACAGCCACAGCCCAGCUCGAGGACGGCGCGACCACAGCUUUGAACGAGGACGUGACCGCAUCCCCAGUGACCCAAGGAAAUACGAGGAGCCGCUGAAGCGGAGUGGGAGCAGAGACCGCCUGGACCGCUCUCCGUCACCUGCUGCCAUGCCCAUCCCUUUGCCCCGCCCCGUCCGGGACCUGGAACCACUGGAGAAACCCCUGAGUGUGCUGCUGCUGAAGAACCGGCCCAACGAAGAGUAUGGCCUUCGUCUGGGAAGUCAGCUCUUCAUCAAAGAAAUGACCAACACGGGACUUGCCAGCAGAGAUGGGAAUCUGCAGGAAGGGGACAUCAUACUAAAGAUUAAUGGUACAGUGACAGAGAACCUGUCGCUGAGUGACGCAGGGAAGCUGAUUGAGAAGUCUCGCGGAAAGCUGCAGCUGGUGGUGCAGAGAGACAAACGGCAGGUGCUGAUCCGAGUCCCCCCGAUGGUUGACAGCGACUCGGAGCUCGAUGAUAUCUCAGAGAUCGAAUCGUACCGCUCCUACUCCCCACAGGAUGACAGGCGGGGCCACCACUCCGACCUCUCCUCCCACUCCUCCAAUGAGAGGCUGAGAGAUAAGCCCAGAGAGGACCCGCCCAACAGGCUGGCAAAAAUGGGCGCCAUGGCGACACCAUUCCGAGCUCCUGACAGAGCUGUGGAUGACACGCCCCCUUUACCAACAGAGAGGGAGGAGUCUCGAGCAGAAACACCACCAGCGCCAGCGGCCAUUGUAGCCCCAAAGGUUCAUGCUCCCCCCAAGGUGCCAGUGAAGCCAAGCAUAGAGGACCAGGAAAUAUAUGGGCCGAACACAGUGAUGGUGCGUUUCCAGAAAGGUGACAGCGUGGGUCUGAGGCUGGCGGGAGGAAAUGAUGUCGGUAUCUUCAUUGCUGGCGUUCAGGAAGACAGCGCGGCCGAGCAGGAGGGUCUGCGCACAGGAGAUCAGAUCAUGAAGGUGAACAACAUGGACUUCAGGGGCAUGGUGCGUGAGGAUGCUGUCCUCUACCUCCUGGAGAUUCCCAAAGGAGAAGAAGUAACCAUUCUUGCUCAAAGCAAACCUGACGUGUACAAGGACAUUUUAGCAUCUGGCAGAGGUGACUCCUUCUUCAUCAGGACACACUUUGAGUAUGAGAAGGAGGCUCCUCAGAGCCUUCCUUUCAGCAGAGGAGAGAUCUUCAAAGUGACAGACACACUUUAUGAUGGCAAAUUGGGUAACUGGCUGGCAAUCCGUUCUGACAAAGACAACCAGCUGAUGGAGAAAGGAAUCAUCCCCAACAAGAGCAGAGCAGAGCAAAUGGCCAACGUCCAGAACGCCGCCCGGGCAGCAUCAGGUAACGACAGAGGAGACUUCUGGAGGCUGAGAGGUCAAAGGGCAGCGAAGAAGAAAGACUUGCGCAAGAGCCGAGAGGACCUGAGUGCAGCUCCAGUCACCACGCGAUUCCCCGCCUACGAGAGAGUGGUCUUACGUGAAGCUGGUUUCAGGAGACCUGUGGUGAUAUUCGGGCCCAUUUCUGAUGCAGUGAAUGAAAAACUGGCUAAUGACAUGCCGAACGAAUAUGUCAUCGCCAAAACUGAGCCCAAGGAUGCAGGAAGUGAGAAAUCCUCUGGAGUGGUGAGACUAAACACCAUCCGACAAAUCAUUGAACAGGAUCGUCACGCCCUAUUGGAUGUUACUCCCAAAGCUGUGGACACUCUGAACUACACCCAGUGGUAUCCCAUCGUCAUCUUCCUGAACCCAGACAGUAAGCAAGGCAUCAAGACCAUGAGGAACCGCCUGGUACCUGGAUCCAGCCGCAGCGCACGCAAACUGUACGAGCAGGCCGUCAAGCUGAGGAAGACCUGCUCGCACCUUUUCACUGCGACUAUCGACCUGAACUCGGCCAAUGAUGCAUGGUACGGCAGCGUGAAAGAUUCCAUUCAGGAGCAGCAGGACAGAGCUGUGUGGGUGUGUGAGGGCAAGUUGGAAGGUUCGGAGGAGGACCUGGAUCUCCACGACGACCGCAUGUCCUACCUAUCGGCUAUGAGCGCAGACUACCUGAGCAUGGACAGCCGCCUGACCAGCGACUACGAAGACACAGCGGAUGAGGGCGGGGCUUACACCGACAACGAGCUGGACGAGACAUUGGACGAGCCACAGCCGGUGUCGGCCAUCAGUCGAUCAUCAGAGCCCGUACUGCCAGAUGAGAAGCCUCACCCUGAACCCCGGGGUCGUAUGAGGAGGUCAGGGAGCAGAGAGGUGUUGAACAGAGAGCCCAGCCCUCCCCCCUCGUUUGUCCCUGAGCCCCCGAAGGUGCGGGCCCAGACUCGGACUGACUCAACGCGGAGCUAUGACUCACACUCCAGCAGCACCAUCAGCAGUGACGCAGCAGGUGGAAACAGGCCGCCUCCCCCUCCCGUGGCCCUGAAGCCCAGCCUCAACCGUCUGAACCAGUCGUCAGAGGAGCAGAGCCCGGGGAAGGAGGAGCCGGACCCCGCCAACAAAUCCUUCCUGGGCAAGAUUAAAGCUUUUGAGCAGAUGGACCACCUGGCCCGAGCUCAGAGGAUGCUGGAACUGCAAGAGGCAGAAAAUGCUCGAUUGGAAAUCGCCCAGAAGCACCCAGACAUCUACGCCGUCCCGAUGAAACUGCCAAAGCCCAACCUCAACCGUCCUCAGCCAAUAGGUUCCAGCUCCAAUCCCGAGCAGCAGACUCCCUUCAGGCCACCGUACUCUGAGAGCAGAGGACACGAGGACGAAGAGACCGAGUACCGCAGACAGUUGGCCGAGCAGACCAAGAGAGGAUACUACAAUGCUCAGAAAUACAAAGACACUGAGCUGUAGGCCGGGGAACCAGGAAGUGAUGUCAAGCCGACAAACGGCAUUUUUUGCCUUGGGAACAGCUCACGCAGCUCUACCUUGAUGUAAACUCUCCAAACUUUGUAGAUCUUGAAAGAUGUCACCACUUUUCAUUACUGUCAUCCCACUACUGUACAUGUUGCACUCACACAAGUCCAUGCUGGCGACACACACAGUAGUCUUAGGAAGAGUGUGUAGGGUUAAAGCAUUACUAGUCCGACACAAAAUGCAGCUGAUUCUUCUGUCGUAACUUUUCACAGACCUGAUAUUUCAUUGUAUAUAUUGUUUGGAUGUGUCUGAUGAGGUUUUUGUUACAAGUGAGGUUUUAUUUCCCCCAUCACACGAACAAAUAGCCUCAGGUUUGGUCUUUUAUGUAUUACCAUUACAGUGGAGUGACUCUGCAUGUUUUUCUGAAAGAUAGAUACCAAGAGAUUUUUUUAAAUGGAGGUUUUAAACGAUAAGUUUUGUGUAUUUUCGAAGGUAUUUCCAGAAUCCAUAAUCGACCAUUUUGAAGCUUCGAGUUUGGCAUUACUGCCGUCGCCAUCUUGUUUUUGGAGUUGGAGAGGAUAUCCGGAUUGGAUCUGACUGAGAAGCUGAGGUCAUGGCGUGGUAGCGACUUGUCAAUCACAAGGCGGCCACACGCUAAAGCAUGUUCUGCUUUAUCGCUGUUUUACCCGAAAUGAGUAAAUGGAUCAUGCUGUCUUGAAGAAGACUUGAAACUAAAGAUUGAGACCAUAAACUCAUUAGGAAACUGUUUACUGAGGUAAUAAAUCCAGCCAGCAUAAAACCAAUGACUAUUAGAGUGGAGGCAGGUUUAAUGCUCAGAUAACUGUAUAAAGUAACAGUAUAGAUAAAACUUCUCAUAGAAACUGAAUGAGGACAUAUUCCAGCUUUUUAUUAGUUUUAUUUUGGAAAGAGUCACAAUUUGGGAACCAGGUUUAAAGAUGGGCAGGUAUUUACUUCAGAAAAACAGAUGCGCACCUCUGUUACUGGACUGUAACGAUAAUGCAGGAGGCUCAAACUGGAGCUAAUUAACACCAAGCUGCAACCAAACCUUAGAUAUGGGACUGUGUGGAGCUGUCAGUUUUGUUUUCCACCAACGUUCUGGCUCAUUUAUACAAGAAUGGAGUGAAAAUCCAACCGUGUGUCUGUGUAGGUCAUACACAGUUCAGCAGCUGCUGUUAGUCCUCCUUUUCUUAUCAGCCUCUUGCAGAGUCUCCUCUGAUUUACUGUACACCUCUACAUUCCUGAUUCAACUUUUGUAUAUACACUGCACUGUGAUACGUGUGCACUCUGUGAAGCAGCAUAUGUUCAAGUGCCUUGUAGCUCUAAUGUUAGCAUUGGAAAAAAUACUGAGUGGAAAGGAUGUUAACACCUGCUGUUUUAGGUCUUAAAAAAAGAGGAUAUUUUCAGUACAUUCUGACCACUACACCUCUGUCAACAGUGACAACAAACAAGUUGUAGAUCUUAUCAGACGUAUAGAGGCAAAUUUCCUUCACCAAAGAAAAAUCAUGGACACAGAAGGAUCUCAAAAAUGCAACAUAAGUAAAAUAAAAUAACGUGGAAUUCAUAAUUACAAGAUAACGUGUCCUUUGAAAAACAUGCGCUACACUUCCAUACAUUAAGUUUGUGGAGGUGCCUGUGAAGCAGUUUUGUAUUUAAGUGAGGUGGAAGACGGAGCAGAGAAAUGACACAGAUUUCACACGCUGCUCAGACGAUGGCGUAAAGACUCAUUACAGUUGUAGUUCGAUUGAAUGGAUGCAGCGCAGCAUAAACCUGAUGUUUCUGACAAGUUUGUAUGUUCGUCUUUUAUCUUAUUACAACCAGAGACAAUCACAUUGAUAUUGCAUAUGUUUUUAUAUUGAAUAUACAGUGAACUCAGUCAAGUCUUUGUACACAAGAGCAACUGGAAUGUGGUGACGACAAUCAUGUUGGUCGAUCAGUUUUUUUUGUCUGUUAGUUUGUGAUUUCUUUUUUUAUAUAUAGUUUGUGAUCUCCUUAGUGUUACAGAAAGACUCAAAUUCAAUAAAUAAAUCUCUUUUUA